UCAGAUUUGGUUAGAAGGAGACCUCCUCAAAAAGAGCAAAAACGUCGAAAUGACAUAUACGUAAACAGGAAAACCGACUUUGCUGGACAACUAGAGCGAUGUCAAAAGAUCCUUGAUUCAAGGUUUGCUGUAAAUAGGCUUGAUAAGACCACUUUUCGAAUACUUUGAUUCAAUUUUGUUUUCACAAGUAUAAAAAUUUGAAAAUAAUUUAAAAUCAGGCUGUGUCAGAGGCCUCCAAGGAAUUGAAGAAAAAAUGAAAAGUUUACUUAAUUAAAUUACUAACAUAAAUAUCAGCUGUAAAAAACUUAAAUCUAAGAUAUAGAAAUGCCUGUAGUUUUUUGUAUUACCGUUUUUAAAACUCUAAGUUAUUCUUGCUUCGUGAAGAUUUUUACGUUACUGCAAGUUUGCAAGGUUCCCUUUGCGUUGAAAUUUCAGAUUCUAACUCUUCUUUUCUAUUUGAAUUCCAAAGAUUGCGCGACAUAUGCAUCUCUUUCGUACUUUUUAUUCGCUGGAUUUCCAUUUCUCCAGAACCAUUCCGGUCAAAAAAUUAAACAUGUUUCAAGUUUUACAUUUCUCCUUGCAUACAAAUUAAUUCUACCCACAUUAAAUAUGAUUAAAGUAUAAUGCAAUGGAACUACACAUUAUAAACCCAAUAAACAUUCCUCUACUUGCAAGUUUAUCUGUAUGUUUAUCUGCUGCAUGUGUAACAUAAACAUAAAAGGUUAUACAUGGAUUACUGGCAGAGUUUUAGGAUCAAGAUCUCACACCAGGAUACAUACACCAGAAAUCAUUCUAUUUGGAGGCACCAGACAAAUUUAAUGAGUACAAUAAAGAUAUUUAAGGUGUUUUGGGUUAGUCUUACAGAAAGUGUAAUUAUUGAUACACCUAUGCUUAUUUUCAUUUCACUGCUGUAAUUUUUUUUGUUAACAAUGAGUGCUUUACAGUGCUAUAUGCUCUAAGCAAUGACUAUUUUUUAAAAUAUAUAAUGCCAGUUUUGGUGCAUGGGUCCCUGUUUUAAGAGUAACUUGUGUUUUAGAUUUGACUGACCAGAAACGAUAUGUGAACAACCUAAAUAAAUUUGGCUGGUCACUAUGUCUGGAGACUCUCCAGAAAUUAUUUCAAGCCCUGAUAUACACAAAGCCAUACAACUACUUGUCUAAAAUUUUCAAACAAACCUCUCUAUUUCAGUUCUGUUUUGUUUUGUUAUUUAGUGAGCAAGAGGUGACUAUUCAUGGCUUGGGUUCUGCUAUCAAUCGUGCAAUAAAUCUAGCUCUGCAGCUUGAACAAAGAGGACAAGGAACUGUUGAGGUGACUUGAAAGAACAGUUUCUUCAAAUUGUUGAUAGGUAGCCUCCUAGAAAGGGAACAUUUUUUAACACAGGGGGAAUGACACCUAUGAAAGGGCAAGAAUAAAACACAGGUUACAGGUCACAGAUGAUGGAUUGCAGGUCAUGAGGCACAGGUGAGGGGUCAAGGGUCAUGGCUCACCAUUACCUGUCAAGAGAGAAUUGCAGAAGCAGUUGCCUUUAAGUCUUCUGUGUUACAACAAUGUAAUAGGUGACAGUGACCAUUGACAUUUGAUUGGUGAUGCAGGACCUGUGUUUAAGACUUGAAAAAAGGAUUUAGCCUGCAUGGCUAGCAACCCAGGGUGUAAGAGGGGGGCGGGGGGGGAGUAAAGUUAGAUUAAUACACAUGGAACAAAGAGAGCAUAUUCAAUUGGUAUGAUUCCUGCUUUUUUCUUAAGUAAGGUCUUCUUUCCUCCCAAGGAGGGUAGGCUUGUCUCAUAGUUAUCAAGGGUUAUAGACAUUCAUUCAAGUGCAUGACAGUUAACUUACACAUAGCAAUUUUUUCUUUUUCAGUUAUCAACAACAACUUCCAGUGUCAAACUAGUGGAUGACUUUGAGCCUGAAGAUGAUGUAAGUAUAUGAAAAAUAAGAUUUAUCUUAAUGAUUCCAGAGUACUCAAAGUCGAUUGUGAUCAAGUCAAAAAUAUCCUAUCUGAUUUUUCUCAUUUGUAUAACAUGGCAACAUCAAAAUCCCAAUGAGGUCAUAAGUCAUUGUGAAAAUCCCUCCAUCAUGCCACUUUUGUCACCACUGGAAAUUGUUUUCCUUUGUUACUUUUUCUUUCUCUUCAAAGACUUACGGAGUUUUUGCUGAGUGCCAUUGUCAUAAAUUCAAAUCUGGUAAUACUUCACCCACAAAUGUUACAGAUUGCAGUACAGUAAUGUUGAAACAUGUCUUUUUCAAAUACACAUUGAUAGUAGUCAUUUUUUUUAACAUUUUGUUGUUGAUUUCCAGGACCAGGAAGGAUAUUCUAAAGUACGAACCAACUCAGCAGUGCACAUAAGAGUUUUCAAGAAACCUAUUUCCAAGGUUGAUUCAGAAAGAACUUGUCCAACUUGA